CGGCGAUAGAAUGACUUGGUGAAGAGAUCCUGGAGUCCUCCGAUCAUGGUGCUGAAGAGUAGUGGUUGUUGAAUGGAUGGUCCAAGGUCUGCAAGCGUGUCGAUGUUCAGGACUGCCCUUUAUCCUCCUGCAGAUGCUCGUACUCCAAGUGCUAUGGUCCAGCUCCAGCCUCAGCCAUGUCGGCCUAUGCAGCAUCACCUCAGUACACUCGAGCGAGACAGCGACAAGCUUCCGAGAUUGGACGCAAGUGGGCCCACUGGGUGCGGCCUUGCCGCAUCACUCAGGCAAUUGACCGUAAGCGUACAUAGGUUAUCCUUGGAUCAUGCAUACGGUCCAGACUCCAGAUACAUUGAUACUUCACAAGACUAAGAGCUUAGUGGUUUGCUUCAGCUCAAGGCUUCGUAGAUGCACAGUUUGAUGCAGCUGGUCUCGCUCCUGUCAUGUACAACUUCAUAGCAUAGAUGCAGCCUGCAGCUACGAGUGGACACUCAGCAGAUACGAGUCUGCAGCUGCAGUCGCGUCGUGAAGCUGC